CUAGCCCAAGUUGCAAACCGGCGCUCGGCGAGAAAUAAUGGAAUUUUGGUGAAACUAUGGUACCGAAACCGUUGAGGAUGUAUGCAGUUUUUGUGUUUAAGCAGUCGUCGUUUCGCAGAAGCUUUGGAGCUCUUUAUUAGUGAAGUCAGAGCGCCGGGCAGAGCUAGCCGGCUAAGGAAGUUAGCCAGUUAGCUACCAAGCCGCGUCAGCUUGCCGGAGGCUGCGCUCUUGUUUCGCGCAUUUCAAGCCUGCUCACCGGCCUCUCGAGCAGCGAAACCGGCACUUAAACGACAACGUUAGAUCGUAGCUACACCCAUGUCAAAUAUAAAACACUGAAACUCACGUAAUCCGCUUUUAAAAUGAAGCCUCGACGCCGUUUCUGCUAAGCGGCUUGUUUUCUGGAAUCGCUGCUCUUUUGUUUUGACAAAGGAAGGACCGGAGUUUCUCUUUUUUUCACACCAGUUCACAUCUGGUGGUUGGAUAGUUUCUUUGGACAUUUUGUCUUGGCAAUGGCCCCACAUAAGCAGAGCUCUUCAGGUGGAAGCCAGCCGGUGGGUUUUGGCUCUGGGGGGAAAGCUAACGGGUUAUAUCAGUCGUCCUCCGAUGCGAUGGCUGCAGCCAAGAAGCCCAACAUGCAACUCAUUCAAGCCGACCACGAGUUGUUCCUGCAGGCCUUCGAGAAGCCAACCCAAAUCUACAGGUUCCUGCGCACCAGGAACUUGAUAGCUCCUAUAUUCUUGCACAGGACACUCACCUACAUGUCCCACAGAAACUCAAGGAAUAACACCAAAAGGAAAAGCUCGAAGGUUGAUAAUCUGCUGUUCAAAGUGGAAAAAAUGAGAGGCGAACAGGAGACUCACAGCUUGGCCUCUAAUCUGCAGCUCACCUUUACUGGCUUCUUUCAUAAAGCUGGGAAGCCAUCUCAGGACAGUGAGAAUGAGCAGAACUCUGUUUCUCUGGAGGUGCUGCUGGUCAAAGUUUGCCACAAGAAAAGGAAGGAUGUGAGCUGCCCAGUAAAGCAGGUCCCUACAGGGAAAAAGCAGGUUCCUCUGAACCCAGACACAAGCGCGGGAGGCCAGGCCAAGCCAGGAUCCUUCCCCUCCCUGCUGGUUCCCAGUAGCGAGUUUGAACCCAGCAACUCUCACAUGGUCAAGUCUUACUCGCUGCUCUUCAGAGUAUCGAGGCCCGGAUACCCCCGAGCGCAGAUCAACGGCCUGGCCAACGGAGAGACUCACCACAACAGAGAUUUUACAGAGGAAGUUAUAAACAGGAAGAGGAGGAGCUCCUCUCUCAGGGAGGAGGGAGAAACCACAUUUGUGGCUCAGAUGACUGUCUUUGAUAAAAACAGACGUCUGCAGUUGUUAGAUGGGGAAUAUGAGGUGUCUAUGCAAGAGAUGGAGGAGUGUCCCGUCAAUAAGAAAAGGGCGACCUGGGAGACCAUCCUGGACGGAAAGCGCCUGCCUCCAUUUGAGAGUUUCUCUCAGGGUCCCACGCUGCAGUUCACCCUGCGCUGGACCAGUGACUCCUCUGAUCGCUCCACUGCACCUGUAGCUAAACCUCUGGCCACCCGCAACUCUGAGACCAACCAGGACCCCAGACCCAGCACCCUGAGAGCCACACACACACUGGCUGUUAAAGAAUCCAUCAACGCUGACGUUCAAACUAGAAGAGAACUAAUCUCAGCCGAGCCACGACAGAAACUACGGAUCUUCUACCAGUUCCAGUACAACCACAACACUCGGCAGCAGACGGAGGCCAGAGACGACCUCCACUGUCCCUGGUGUACCCUCAACUGCAGGAAGCUCUACAGUCUGGUCAAACACCUCAAACUGUCCCACUCCCGCUUCAUCUUCAACUACGUGCCGCAUCCUAAAGGAGCGAAGAUCGAGGUGUCUAUCAACGAGAGCUACGAUGGUUCAUAUGCAGGAAACCCUCAGGACAUCCACAGCCAGCCGGGCUUCGCUUUCAGCAGGAACGGCCCCGUCAAAAGAACCGCUGUUACUCACAUUCUGGUCUGCAGACCUAAAAGGACAAAGCCGAGUCUGUCUGAGUUUCUGGAGUCGGAGGACGGUGAUCCGGAGCAGCAGAGGCCGUACAUCAGCGGACACAACCGCCUCUACUUCCACAGUGACAGCUGCGUGCCGCUGCGGCCUCAGGAGAUGGAGGUGGACAGCGAGGAUGAGAGGGACCCCGACUGGCUCAAAGAGAAGACCGUAAAGCAAAUCGAGGAGUUCACUGACGUCAACGAGGGCGAGAAGGAGAUCAUGAAGCUGUGGAACCUGCACGUCAUGAAGCACGGCUUCAUAGCCGACAACCAGAUGAACAAGGCCUGCCUGGUGUUCGCCGAGCACCACGGCGCCUACAUCGUCCAGCACAACCUCUGCCGCAACUUCCUGCUUCACCUGAUCAGCAUGCACGACUUCAACCUGAUCAGCACGACGACCAUCGACCGGGCCAUGGCGGGACUCCGCCUCAUCCAGAACCAGGCCGCUCAGAGAAGCAAAGACAGAGGGGUGGGGGGUGAGGAGGAGGUGGAGGACGAGGAAGAGGAGGAAGAGGAGGACUGGGAGACGGCCGUGGAGUCCCAGCCGGAGCCGGAUCCCGAUCCCGAUCCCGAUCCGUCUGAGUAUAAACCCUGUAGCGAUGAGACUAGCGGUGGCGGCGGCGGCGGCUGCCUGGAGAAUGGAAACCAGCGGGAGCAGAAACUCUCCGGUCCGGAUUCAGACUGAGAGUCGCUGUUUUUGGCAGAAGUUCAACCGGAGAGCCACAAAGAUCCCAAACAGGACGUUGGGUUUUGG